AUGAAGUCAAAAUUAAAGCCCAAAAGUAGAAAUAUUUUGACUUGGGAAGUAUCUUUAAAAAAGAAAAAGCAAAAGAAAAAGGAGAUUUCAGAUUCUGAAGAAUCAAAUGAUAAAGAGAUUCGAGAUAUUACAGAUAAUACUCAGGUGCCAAAUUUACCAAUUUUUUCACGAUCUAACAGUGUUAAAGAAAAGCCCAAAGUAUCAACACCUAUGGUUUCCAAUUUAGAUCAUAAUACAGCGCCCAUUUUUUUUGCUUUUCCAUCACAAAUAAUUCAAUUAUUUGCACAAAAUUCAACUACAAGUAGUUUACCAAAUAAUGUAUUAUCAUUUUCAAGACAACAACCAGUUCCAUCUCUUGAUGAGUUUUUUAAUGAAUUGUCAGGUAAAAAUGGAGAACUUUUAAGAUUUAAAAGUACUUUUGAAGAUGAACAAAUUACUGUAGAUCAAAUUUGUGAUCUUACUGAUGCUGAAUUUGAUCAACUGGGUAUAAAUAAAAUUGGAUGGCGUAAAGCAUUUAGAGCUGCAGCACAACGUUACCAUUAA